CGUGCGCAGGCGCAGUUCCUGGCCCGGCGGCGUGCUCUUCUCCCCAAGUUCCUGGUAUCCCGGCUGGUGAGGGCGAGCGACGCCGGCUUUUCGCGGUUUUCCCUGCUCCAGCGGCUGCCUCCGGUCUGUGACUCUCUGUCCUUCAGCUCGGAGCCGCUGCCCGUGCGCGCACGCCGCCGCACGCGACAGACUCAUGGCGGAGCGCGGGGAACUCGAUCUGACGGGCGCCAAACAGAACACCGGCGUGUGGCUGGUCAAGGUCCCUAAAUACUUGUCCCAGCAAUGGGCUAAAGCUCCUGGAAGAGGUGAAGUUGGGAAGCUGAGGAUUGCGAAGAAUCAAGGAAGGACUGAGGUAUCUUUUACUUUAAAUGAGGAUCUUGCAAAUAUUCAUGAUAUCGGUGGGAAACCAGCUUCAGUCAGUGCGCCUAGAGAACAUCCAUUUGUCUUGCAAAGUGUUGGAGGACAGACAUUAACAGUGUUUACUGAGAGCUCCUCAGAUAAACUGUCAUUGGAAGGAAUAGUGGUACAGAGAGCCGAAUGCCGACCUGCUGCCAGUGAAAACUACAUGAGAUUAAAGAGAUUGCAAAUAGAAGAGUCUUCCAAACCUGUAAGGCUGUCACAGCAGCUGGACAAAGUUGUAACGACCAAUUACAAGCCUGUCGCUAACCAUCAGUACAAUAUUGAAUACGAAAGGAAGAAGAAGGAAGAUGGAAAGCGAGCUCGGGCAGACAAACAACAUGUCCUAGACAUGCUGUUUUCAGCCUUUGAGAAACAUCAGUACUAUAAUCUUAAGGACUUAGUGGACAUCACAAAGCAGCCUGUGGGAUACCUGAAAGAAAUCUUGAAAGAAAUUGGCAUUCAGAAUGUAAAGGGGAUUCACAAAAAUACCUGGGAGCUGAAGCCAGAGUACAGGCAUUACCAAGCAGAAGAGAAGAGUGACUGAGAAGGUGUGCUGGACAGUGAGAGGCCACCGGCAGCCAGCGGCUCACACCACACUGACCGCCUGCGGGACAGCACCGGCUACAGUUCUGCAGUUCCUCUCAGGAAACUGUUAAAGCUGGCAUUCCUUCCAUAAUGUUUCUCAAGUGCUUUCUAAAGAGAAAGGGGUUAUUUAGAGACUAAACUUGUGUUAAAUAAACCAUAGCAUUCAGCUGGGCAUGCUAGCACAUGCCACAUGGCCAACACUCAGGAGGCUGAGGCAGGAAGGUGCCAGUUUGAGACCAGCUGAACACACAGCAAGACCCUCCCUCACAAAAGAAAAAGUGUUUUCUUGGUAUGGAUAGGAGGUUGGGAAUUAAAACUGCUUUUGUUUUUAAGGGUUAACUUUUCAAGUAUAAGUAGGAUAUUUCCUAAAUGAAAAUUGUCUGUAUUGCUGAGAAACUAAUGAGGAAGGGCCAUCAACUACAGAAACUGUUAAGACAACACAGUCCAAGUUCCUUUUUCUGAAACUAAAGAGGGAACUGGUCUCCACAGAGGUCAUGUUCACCUUCAAGCAUACAUCAAUAAAGGGACCUGUUCACUUUGUACUAAA